UAAGACUAGGAUCGGCGUGCGAGGGUGGAGAGUGCGUGGCGAUGGGGUAGGAAGCAGGGCGGGCGGGAGGUAGAGGCGCAAGUGUGGGGAGAAAGGUCUCUCGCCGAGUCAAGUGCACGGGAGAAAGUGCUCGCUCCCAGACCAAGCAAACCAGCAGCAGCUCCCCGUCCUCCACGAAUUCUCAACUUGCCACCACGUCGAAGUCUGCCUCAGCUGCCCCUCUCUCGCUCGUCGGUCAAUUCAGCACAUAAUUUUUGCUAAUAAACCACUCCACAUCCAAACUGAUUCAGUAUGCAAAUACUGACGGCACGAAAGACACACUCUCCAAUUCCUCCUGCCACAAUUACUUCUGGUCUCGAGAAAGAAUUAUCCCGUCUGGAGGAAUGUGAGACACGUACCACUCAUCACUCCCACUAGUACUUUAUUACAAUCAGCAAUUAAAAUGAGAAGAUAUGUUUUAAAGAGUGCUGUGACUUUUGGAAAUAUAUAAACCAAUUCUAAAACAACAUGUGAAGUGGAUAGACACAAUUUUGAAAAGUUUUGAUUGUUGUAUUCGUGAAUUUUUCUUUCACGUCGAGUGAUUUAUUCAUGCAGGGGAAACUAUGUCGUUCAAAAGGUUGCUAAGAGUAGUGUUUGGUCUUCAGCACUUAUGGAUUGUCCUAACUUCUGUCCUAUACUGUUCAGGCCAAGCGGCGUAUGAGGCUGGAUUUAUUGGACCCAUGAAAAAUGUAACUGUGGUUCAGGGAAAAGAUGCUUCAUUUACUUGCAUGGUGGACAAUAUGGGAGGACAUCGGAUUGCCUGGAUUAAGGUAGACACCAAAGCGAUCCUCGCAAUCCACGACAAUGUUAUUACUAACAAUCCGAGACUAUCAGUAACGAUGAAUGAUAAGGUUACGUGGACACUUAACAUCCGCAACUCCCAGCCUGACGAUGCGGGAUUAUAUAUGUGCCAAAUUUCAAAUAAUUUCAAUCAGAUGGCCAACCUGGUUGUGGUAAUUCCUCCAGACAUUAUAUCCGAUGAGACCACCGGCGAUGUCAUGGUCCCAGAAGGUGGAACUGCUAAAUUAGUCUGUAGAGCAAAGGGAUUUCCUGCGCCCGUUGUCACUUGGGUAAAAGAAGACGGUGGUCACAUCAUAGUCAAAGAUCAUCAUGGUGGAGGAAAGAGGAAAGUCAAAUCGUUUGAAUCGGAAAUGUUGAAUUUAACGAAAAUAGUGCGAAGUGAAAUGGGUGCCUACCUCUGCAUAGCAUCAAAUGGAGUACCACCAUCAGUUUCGAAACGAAUUCUGGUUGCCGUACAUUUUCAUCCUCUUAUACAAGUUCCAAAUCAAAUGGUAGCUGCCCCCAAAGGAGUCGACAUUACUAUCGAAUGCACGUCGGAGGCCAGCCCCAAAUCGAUCAACUACUGGACUCGUUUUAGUGGUGAAAUGAUUAUUUCAAAUGAGAAGUACAACAUGUCAGAAGAUGCCAUCUCUCAGUACGGAGUCCGCAUGAGGCUGCAGAUAAGAAAUCUAAGCGAUCGAGACUUUGCUGGGUACAAAUGCAUCAGUCAAAAUUCCAUGGGCUCUACUGAAGGAAACAUUCAUAUUCACGAGAUCCCGUACUCGUCGUUGGACAAGGGAGGAGGUGGGGACAGGUUGCCCCCUCCAGCAGAUUCCAUGUAUUCGAGUGGAGAAGACGACCCGGGCUCUCGUCACCACAACGAUGGGCGAAGACGAGGAGAAAGCACGGCGUACACCACCCCGACCCCACAGCUGGACCCCUUCCAACCCAUCCACACCCCAAACAUCGUCACCUCCACCACCAACGAGGGCAGCAAUUUCUCUCCCCUCUCCAACCUCGCCCUCUUCCUCCUCCUCCCCCUCCUCCUCUCCCACUUUUAAACCUCGCGCCACGAUCACCCCCCCUCCAACACACCAUAAAACGGCGAUCUUUCCAUUUUACAAACAUAUAUUUAUUAUUCGCACGAAUUGAAGUUUUUACCUUGUACAGGAGCAGAGCAGUGAUAGGCAGAUUGUAAAAAGGGUUGCUAUUAAUUGCUAACUUGGCCCAAUAUAUGAUAUAUUAUUAUUAUUGUAAUUAUUGUUUACGGUGCGUGGAAAUAAUGGUGUAGUUUAUGAAUACGAUUAUAUGAUUUGAAUUAAAAGUCUCUGGUAAAGACUUUGUUGGAGCGUGGGAGUAAGUACGUACCUCUGAUGUAUCUAGUUCAUACAAAUAAACGGGAAAGGGCGCAUCUGUUACUAAAUAAUUUAUUACAUAACGUCAAAAUUUUCGUAUUCCCUCUGAUGAAAAACACAAAGGUUACUGCAAAACAUGUUAAGUUGAUACACAGGUGUUAUAGCUGUUUAUCUUUAAAUGAUUUAUUGUAAGGAUCCAGUAAUAAAAUAAACGUAUACGUAUACAUACAAAA